AUGGACGACAAGACUCUCGUCGUCAAGGCUCAAGAGCAGGGGCCUCGUCCGCGGACCAGAAAGAAGCUCAGAAUCAAGCGUAUCAUCAGCUCGAUCCUCUGGAAACAGGCUUCACUGCACAUAGCGAAUUCGCGACAGCAUACUGUGUGGUUGUUCGAUAACACCGCCUAUCAACGUGUGGUACCCAAAGCCCUUGGACAAGGCCGUCCGGCAUGGCGAAUGGAGGUUGUUGCGUGUGUGUUCGAGAAGGACAGUCGAAAGGAUAUCAGCAAAUUCGUUGCAACGAUAGCAGACCUGAUCGGCCUCGAUGGGGAAAUCGGUACAGAGCGAGAGACUCGCCAUCAGAUUACCCGACGACUGCGACCGUUCUUGUACCAGACGGCACCCGCUUAUAAGAUGACCAUCGAAAUCCCGCUAUCCGAUGAUUCUUUACAACUGCGUGAACUUGGUCCAACGGAUAGCAAUGGCCUCAUCAGUCAGAAUGUCAACUUGGGUACGCGCCAGCUUACUGACGGUGCGAGGAUCCGAUCUUACCUCCGGGGCUGGGAGGGCGAGGUGUCCAUGGAUAUAGUCUUUGCCGGCCAGGAAGGUUGGAUCCUGAUCUCUGAUAUCGAUGACACGAUCAAGUAUACAAAGACCUCAGAGGCCACCGGUAUCCUACGAACGACAUUUGUGGAGGCAGCACGCCCCAUCCGUGGAAUGCCUCAACUCUACGCCCACAUACAAAAACACAUAGUCCCGACGUGGUUCUAUCUAUCAGCGUCUCCGUACAAUCUAUACCCCUUCCUCCGCGAAUUCCUUCACACUUAUUUUACCCCGGGCACACUGAUGCUUCGAGAAUCGUCGUGGAUGGACGUGAGCUCAUUGAUCCGGUCUUUCACGACAUACACCAUGGAGUAUAAAGUGAACAACAUGGAGAAAUUGCAUCGAUCCUUCCCACGACGACAAGCACUUUGCAUUGGCGAUUCUACGCAGAAAGACCCAGAGGCUUAUGCGGAAAUAUACCGACGUCAUCCGAAUUGGGUAAAAGCAAUUUUGAUCCGGAAGGUUACCGAUGUUCCACACAUGGAAGAACAGAACUCUCCCGAAAGAUUCAGAGUUGCGUUCAAGGACGUUCCAGACAGUGUCUGGACAGUUUUUGAGGAACCCGAGGAAGUGUAUAAGUUGGUGGAUCGGUUGACCUAG